AUGGUGCUGGAGUCGGUGGUCGCGGACUUGCUGAACCGCUUCCUGGGGGACUAUGUGGAGAACCUGAACAAGUCCCAGCUGAAGCUGGGGAUCUGGGGCGGUAAGCGAGAGGGGCGCGGCCGGCGGGCUGCGGGCGCUGAGGGCCCACGCCGCGGACUCCUCCCGCCGGGCUCCUGCCCUGGCCCUGCUCAGUCUGCCGCCCGAGACUCCGCCUCCGGGCAGGCGCCCUGCGGGACCCCCUCGCGGUGCGACAGGAGCGAGGUGCUGGAGGCCUGUGCCCGCCCCGGCCCCCCGCGAGCCCCCGGGCUGCCGAGGUCCCCUCCCGGGAUGGGGAGAAAUAGUACUCAGACUUGGUGCUUUGGUAACCAUUCUGCUAGGAAGUUCUGCCACACCACUCAUUAUCGUGAGAUUCCUGAAUUGUAUGGAAAGGGGGAAAGCUCCUUGGUAACAUGGCAGCCUCCACCUUUCUUUGCGAAGACUUCCUGUUUUAAUAGGGAAAUGGAGAGAUAUGAAUUGGAUGUUCCUUUUAAAGUCAAGGCUGGCCAAAUUGAUAAAUUAACUCUGAAGAUUCCUUGGAAAAACUUGUAUGGAGAAGCAGUUGUUGCGACCUUAGAGGGAUUAUACCUGCUUGUUGUUCCUGGAGCAAAAUGCAUGAGUAAUCAGAUGAUCAGGUGUCUUUUAAAUGCUUUGCAUUCUGGUUAUUGCUGCCAUGCGGAUGCAGGCGCACAUUCAGGGGAGUUCAUAUAUGGCUUGGAAAACUUUGUUUACAAGGACAUCAAGCCUGGACGUAAACGUAAAAAGCACAAAAAACAUUUUAAGAAACCUUUUAAAGGUCUUGAUCGCUCAAAAGUUUUCCAGCCAAUAUCGGCCUCUGCAAAACUCUACAUGAAUCCUUAUGCAGAAACAGAGCUCAAAACACCCAAACUGGACUGGAACAUAGAAGUACAAAAUAUUGCCAUUGAACUCACCAAGCCUCAGCUUAUGCAACUUGAUAGUCUUAGUGCCUACUGGAAUGUAAACUGCAGCAUGUCUUACCAGGGAUCAAGGGAACAGAUUUUGGUGAUUCGGUCUGGGCAGAAACUAAGGAAAAAGUCUGCUGACAAAGGCGAGAAACGUGGAGGCUGGUUUAGUGGGUUUUGGGGUAAAAAGGAAUCUAAGAAAAAAGAUGAAGAAUCAUUGAUUCCUGAAAGACUUACGCAUAUUAUUGAAACUCGAAAAGUUCUUGAUUUAAGGAUAAACUUGAAGCCUUCUUAUCUAGUAGUUCCACAGACAGGUUUCCACCACGAAAAGUCAAACCUGCUGAUCUUAGAUUUUGGUACAUUUCGGUAUGUUGCCCACAUAAUGACCCUGAAGUUAGUAAGCACCUCUAUUACAAUCAGAGAAGACAGAAAUAUUCCAGAAAUACUAAAAAUUCAGGUAAUUGGCCUGGGCACUCAAGUAUCUCAGCGACCAGGAGCACAAGCACUUAAGGUAGAAGCAAAAUUAGAACACUGGUAUAUAACAGGUCUGAGACAGCAAGAUACUAUACCAUCACUUGUGGCUUCAAUUGGUGAUACUGCAUCAUCCUUGCUUAAAAUAGAGUUUGAAACCAAUCCAGACAAUAGUCCUGCUGACCAGACUCUGAUUUUUGAGUCUCAGCCUGUGGAGGUCAUCUAUGAUGCUAAAACCAUCAAUGCAGUGGUUGAUUUCUUUCAAUCAAAUAAGGGAUUGGAUCUUGAGCAAAUAACAUCAGCUACAUUGAUGAAGCUGGAAGAAAUUAAAGAGAAAACAGCUACAGACCGCUUGUAUAGUCCUGAAUUGAUCCUUGCUGCCGCUGGAAAGGGGGAAAAGGAAGUAGAAUUGGAGCUGAAUUCUAAUGGCCUCAACAGUAAAGAUCAAGGUUUACAGAAGACUACUAAUUCAUCUUUGGAAGAAAUAAUGGAUAAGGCAUAUGACAAGUUUGAUAUUGAAAUAAAAAGUGUGCAGCUACUCUUUGCUAGAGCAGGUGUCCUCAACUCCUGUUAUUUUAGAUUUAAAGUAACAGGAGGACUUCCUUUGAUGCACGUGAGAAUUUCUGACCAGAAGAUGAAAGAUGUGCUGUGUUUGAUUAAUAGUAUACCCUUGCCACAGAAGUCCUCUGCACAGUCUCCAGAGAGACAGUUCGUAGAUAAACACGGAUCCAAAAAGAAACCCCUUCACUUGAUUAGCUCUUCUGAUAAACCUGGAUUAGAUCUUUUAAAAGUGGAGUAUAUUAAGGCUGAUAAGAAUGGACCUAGUUUUCAAACUACUUUUGGAAAAACUGAACAAACAGUGAAGGUGGCCUUUUCAUCUUUAAAUCUGUUGCUACAAGCACAAGCUCUUCUCUCUUCUAUUAAUUACCUGACAACCAUUAUUCCGUCGGAUAAUCAAGACAUAGGUGUUGCCAAGGAGGUACAAAUUCCACCUGAAAAACAACAAAAAAAUUCAACUCUACAGAAAGGUAUGAAAACACAUUUUAAUUUCUUGUUGGAAAGGAACUUCCUGAACAAUUUCCAGACAGCCAAAGAGUCCCUGAGUGCCGCCACUGCCCAGGCUGCAGAAAAGGCUGCCACAAGUGUGAAAGAUCUUGCCCAGAGGAGUUUUCGUGCUUCCAUCAAUAUUGAUUUGAAAGCACCAGUUAUAAUCAUCCCACAGUCUUCCGUUUCCACCAAUGCAGUAGUGGUAGAUCUGGGGUUAAUCAGAGUGCAAAAUCAGUUCAGUCUGGUGUCUGGUGAAGACUACGUAAAUCCUCCAGUAAUUGAUAAAAUGGAUGUUCAGCUAACAAAGCUCACGCUUUCUAGGACAGUGAUCCAGCCAGGCAUCUCCCAUCCUGAUAUUCAGAUGUUGCACCCAAUUAACUUGGAGUUUUUUGUAAAUCGGAAUCUAGCUGCAUCUUGGUACCACAAGGUGCCUGUUGUAGAAAUUAAAGGACAUCUUGAUUCAAUGAAUGUAAGUAUGUGAGUGAAGAAAACUUCGUUAUUGAAAUCUUAAACUCUGAAGACUUUCUCAGUAUAAAUCCAAAGGAAAUGUAGAAUUUUAUACCGAAUGGCGUAAGAAAAAUUUCAGUGAGACAUUGUCCAACAAGGUGAAAUUAAAGAGCCCCUUGAAAUCUCUAUAUCACAACAAGAUGUACAUGCUUCAAAAGAUACUUUAACAACUGGAGUGGAAGAAAUUAGAUCUGUAGACAUCAUUAAUAUGCUGCUGAAUUUUGAAAUUAAAGAGGUUGUGGUUACUUUGAUGAAAAAAGCAGAAAAGAAAGGAAGGCCUUUACAGGAAUUAAAUAUCCUGCACCUUGGAAUGGAAGCUAGAGUCAAAACCUAUGACAUGACUGCCGAAGCUUAUCUUAAAAAAAUUAGUAUGCGAUGCUUUGAUUUCACUGUAUCUAGCAACGCCUCUCAGAAGGAUGUGUUUGAUUUAAAGGUCACAGCUGAAUUAAAUGCAUUUAAUAUCUUUAUCUGUGAUCAGAAAUGUAACAUUGCAGAUAUUAAAAUACAUGGAUUGGAUGCCUCUAUUUCUGUGAAGCCAAAGCAGACUGAUGUGUUUGCCAGACUUAAAGAUAUCAUAGUUACAAAUGUAGAUUUGCUGUCCAUUCACAAAAAGGCCGUCUCUAUUUUGGGAGAUGAAGUCUUUAGGUUCCAACUGACUCUUUAUCCUGACGCCACAGAAGGAGCAGCCUAUGCUGAUAUGUCUAAAGUGGAUGGCAAACUUAGUUUCAAAGUGGGUUGUAUUCAGAUUGUUUAUGUUCAUAAAUUCUUCAUGUCUCUUUUGACCUUGUCACAUUUGGGAAUUCUCAGUCAGGUAUCUAAAGGAUUAUUGAAUCCAAAUGGGAAAAUGUUGGCUCUAUUGAAUAGCAAGAGUACUUAUUUGAUUGUGGAAAUGGUUGUUGGCAGAACUAUUUUGCAAGCUGGUUCUCCACAAUAUGACAUCGAAAUUUUAAAACCAGUCAACAUGCUUUUGUCCAUACAGAGAAAUUUAUCGGCAACAUGGUAUGUGCAAAUUCCUGGGAUGGAGAUAAAAGGAAAACUAAAACCUAUGCAGGUUGCUCUCAGUCAAGAUGACUUGACAACUUUAAUGAAAAUUUUGCUAGAAAAUCUUGGAGAAGCUUCUUCACAGCCAAGCCCCACCCAGUCUGUGCAGGAAGCCAUGAGAGUGAGAAAAGUAGAUGUCCCAAGUGGACUUGACCACCUCAAAGAACAGGAAGAUUUGACAGACCCAAAGCUUUCUGUGAACCAGAAUGUUACUCUCCAGUUUGACUUUCACUUUGAAUCUCUUUCCAUUAUUCUUUAUAACGAUGAUGUCAACCAGGAGUCCAAACUUUCAUUACAUAAUGACACUUUCCGGCUUGGUGAACUCAGACUACAUUUUAUGGCCUCCGCAGGGAAGAUGUUUAAGGAUGGCUCAAUGAAUGUCAGCAUUAAACUUAAGACGUGCACCCUUGAUGAUCUCAGAGAAGGCAUUGAGAGAGCAACAUCGAGAAUGAUUGACAAAAAGAAUGACCAAGAUAACAACAGUUCUAUGAUUGAUAUAAGUUACAAACAAGACAAAAAUGGAAGUCACAUUGAUGCUGUUCUUUACAAGCUGUAUGUAUGUGCCAGUGUGGAAUUCCUGAUGAUCGUGGCAGAUUUCUUUAUCAAAGCUGUGCCUCAGAGUCCAGAAAAUAUGGCAAAAGAAACACAGUUUCCAAGACAGACUGUCACAGGGAAAGUUAAGACAGAGAAAGAUGACUCUGUGAGACCAAACAUGACUUUAAAGGCCACAAUUACAGACCCAGAAGUGGUAUUUGUUGCCAACCUGACCAAGGCUGAUGCUCCUGCUCUGACAGCCUCAUUCCAGUGUAACCUCUCUCUGUCAACAUCCAAACUUGAGCAGAUGAUGGAAGCUUCUGUGAGAGAUCUGAAAGUGCUUGCUUGCCCUUUUCUCAGAGAAAAGAGAGGGAAAAACAUUACCACAGUGUUACAGCCGUGCUCUUUAUUUAUGGAAAAAUGUACAUGGGCUUCAGGAAAACAAAAUAUAAAUAUUAUGGUUAAAGAAUUUAUAAUUAAGAUUUCACCCAUAAUUCUUAAUACUGUGAUGACAAUCAUGGCUGCUAUGUCGCCAAAGACAAAAGAAGAUGAAUCCAAAGAUACAUCUAAGGAAAUGGAAAAUCUUUGGGGUGUCAAAUCUAUUAAUGAUUAUAACUCUUGGUUUCUUGGUGUUGACACGGCAACAGAAAUAACAGAGAAUUUCCAAGACAUCCAACAUCCAUUGAUAGAGGAAAAUUGUGCUGUUGUUGUGGAGUCAAUUCAAGUUACCUUAGAAUGUGGCCUUGGGCAUCGAACUGUCCCCUUAUUAUUGGCAGAAUCUAGGUUUUCAGGAAAUAUUAAAAAUUGGACUUCCCUAAUGGUUGCUGCUACUGAUAUGACACUAGAGGUUCACUAUUACAAUGAGAUCCAUGCUGUCUGGGAGCCACUGAUUGAGAGAGUAGAGGGGAAGAGACAAUGGAAUUUAAGGCUUGAUGUAAAGAAGAACCCAGUCCAGGAUAAAAGUUUGAUGCCAGGAGAUGAUUUUAUUCCUGAACCACAAAUGGCAAUUCGUAUUUCUUCAAGAGAUACAAUGAAUAUAACAAUAUCCAAAAGUUGUCUUAAUGUUUUCAACAAUUUAGCAAAAGGUUUUUCAGAGGGUACAGCUUCUACUUUUGACUACUCUUUAAAAGACAAGGCUCCUUUUACGGUAAAAAAUGCUGUGGGUAUUCCCAUUAAGGUUCGGCCCAAUUGUAAUCUCAGAGUAAUGGGCUCUCCUGAGAAAACUGAUAUUUUUGAUGUUGAUGCUGGCCAGAAUUUGGAAUUGGAAUAUGCCAGCAUGGAACCUUCACAUCAGGGGAAACAAUCUACAUUGAGCCGUCAAGAAAGCUCCUACUUCACUCUGACCUUUGUACCUCAUGGGUAUACAGAAGUUGGGAAUAUCCCUGUUGCCAGACCUGGACGGCGAUUGUAUAACGUACGGAAUCCCAACACCAGUCAUUCCGACUCCAUCGUGGUACAGAUUGAUGCAACUGAAGGGAAUAAAGUAAUCACCCUUCGCUCACCUCUCCAGAUUAAAAACCAUUUCUCUAUUGCAUUUAUCAUCUAUAAAUUUGUUAAGAAUGUUAAACUAUUGGAGCGCAUUGGAAUAGCCAGACCUGAAGAGGAGUUCCAUGUUCCUUUAGAUUCAUAUAGAUGUCAAUUGUUUAUUCAGCCAGCUGGACUCUUAGAGCGUCAGUACAAAGAAUCCACCACUUACAUUUCCUGGAAGGAAGAACUUCACAGGAGCAGGGAAGUCAGAUGCAUGUUGCAGUGUCCGUCAGCAGAAGUCAGCUUCUUACCUCUCAUAGUGAAUACAGUUGCUCUGCCUGAUGAAUUAAGCUACAUAUGUACACAUGGGGAAGACUGGGACCCAGCUUAUAUUAUUCAUCUUUAUCCUCCUCUCACUUUGCGGAAUCUUCUCCCGUAUUCUCUAAGAUAUUUACUUGAGGGAACAGCAGAAACUCAUGAGCUGGCAGAAGGCAGUACUGCCGAUGUUCUACAUUCGAGAAUCGGUGGAGAAAUAAUGGAAUUAGUCCUGGUGAAAUACCAGGGCAAAAACUGGAAUGGACAUUUCCGCAUAAGUGAUACACUUCCCGAAUUCUUUCUUGUGUGUUUUUCUUCUGACUCCACAGAAGUGAUGACAAUUGACCUGUCGGUACACGUCAGGCGAAUUGGCAGCCGGAUGGUGCUGUCUGUCUUUAGUCCCUAUUGGCUAAUCAACAAGACUUCUCGCGUUCUGCAGUAUCGUUCAGAAGAUGUUCAUGUGAAACAUCCAGCUGAUUUCAGGGAUAUUAUUUUAUUCUCUUUCAAGAAGAAGAACAUUUUUAGUAAAAAUAAGGUACAAUUAAAAAUUUCAACUAGUGCCUGGUCUAAUAGUUUCUCGUUGGACACAGUGGGAAAUUAUGGUUGUGUGAAGUGUCCUGCCAACAAUAUGGAAUACCUGGUUGGUGUUAGCAUCAAGAUGAGCAGUUUUAAUCUUUCACGAAUAGUCACUCUGACUCCCUUUUGUACCAUUGCAAACAAGUCAUCAUUAGAACUAGAAGUUGGUGAAAUUGUGUCUGAUGGCUCAGUGCCGACUAUUAAAUGGAACUAUAUUGGUUCAUCAGAGUGCCUUCCAUUUUGGCCUGAAAAUUUGUCAGGCAAACUUUGUGUGAGAGUAGUGGGCUGUGAAGGAUCUUCCAAACCAUUCUUUUAUAACCGCCAGGAUAAUGGCACUUUAUUGAGCAUAGAAGAUCUGAAUUGUGGUAUCUUGGUGGAUGUAAACACUGCUGAACAUUCAACUGUUAUAACUUUUUCUGAUUACCAUGAAGGAUCUGCACCUGCUCUGAUAAUAAACCAUACACCUUGGGACAUCCUCACAUACAAACAGAGUGGGUCACUGGAACAAGUGGAGUUGCCACCAAGACAAGCUCGACUUUUUGCCUGGGCAGAUCCUACUGGUACCAGAAAACUUACCUGGAAAUAUGCAGCAAAUGUUGGGGAACACAAUCUGUUAAAGGAUGAAUGUGGACAGUUUCCCUAUGAUGCAAACAUUCAGAUACACUGGGUAUCAUUUCUGGAUGGGCGCCAGAGAGUUUUGCUUUUCACCGAUGAUGUUGCCUUGGUUUCCAAAGCACUGCAGGCAGAAGAAAUGGAACAGGCCGAUCACGAAAUAACCUUGUCUCUCCACAGUCUUGGGCUUUCACUGGUUAACAAUGAAAUCAAACAGGAAGUUUCAUAUAUUGGGAUAACCAGUUCUGGUGUUGUUUGGGAGAUGAAACCAAAACAGAAAUGGAAGCCGUUUAGUCAAAAGCAGAUAAUCUUAUUGGAACAAUCCUAUCAGAAAUACCAAGUUUCAAGAGACCCUGGCUGGAUUAAGCUAGACAGUAAUUUUGAGGUCAAUUUUAAUAAAGUUCCAAUGGAAAUGCGCCUUCCUAUUCGGUGCCCUAUAAAACGAGAUUUUUUAUCAGGGAUUCAGAUUGAAUUUAAGCAGUCUCGUCACCAGAGAAGUUUAAGGGCCAGGUUGUACUGGCUUCAGAUUGAUAAUCAAUUACCAGGUGCAAUGUUCCCUGUUGUAUUUCAUCCCGUUGCCCCUCCAAAAUCUAUUGCUUUGGAUUCAGAGCCCAAACCUUUUAUAGAUGUGAGUGUCAUCACAAGAUUUAAUGAGUACAGUAAAGUCUUACAGUUUAAGUAUUUUAUGGUCCUCAUUCAGGAAAUGGCCUUAAAAGUUGACCAGGGGUUUCUGGGAGCCAUUGUAGUACUGUUUACCCCAACAACUGACCCUGAAGCUGAAAGAAGACGGACAAAGUUAAUCCAGAAAGAUAUUGAUGCUUUAAACACAGAAUUAAUGGAGACUUCAAUGACUGAUAUGUCAAUUCUCAGUUUCUUUGAGCAUUUCCAUAUUUCUCCUGUUAAGUUGCAUUUGAGCCUUUCUUUGGGUUCUGGAGGUGAAGAAUCAGGCAAAGAAAAAGAGGAAAUGAUUGCAAUUCAUUCUGCCAACCUGUUGUUGAAAAGCAUAGGUGCUACUCUGACUGACGUGGAUGACCUUAUAUUCAAACUUGCUUAUUAUGAAAUUCGAUAUCAAUUUUACAAGAGAGAUCAGCUCAUGUGGAGCGUUGUUAGGCAUUACAGUGAACAGUUCUUGAAACAGAUGUAUGUCCUUGUAUUGGGGUUAGAUGUGCUUGGAAACCCAUUUGGAUUAAUUAGAGGUCUGUCUGAAGGAGUUGAAGCUUUAUUUUAUGAACCGUUCCAGGGUGCUGUUCAAGGCCCUGAAGAAUUUGCUGAGGGUUUAGUGAUUGGAGUAAGAAGUCUCUUUGGACACACAGUAGGUGGUGCAGCAGGAGUUGUAUCUCGAAUCACUGGUUCUGUUGGGAAAGGUUUGGCAGCAAUUACAAUGGAUAAGGAAUAUCAGCAAAAAAGAAGGGAAGAGUUGAGUCGACAGCCCAGAGAUUUUGGAGACAGCCUUGCCAGAGGGGGAAAGGGCUUCCUGCAAGGAGUUGUUGGUGGAGUGACCGGAAUAAUAACAAAACCUGUGGAAGGUGCCAAAAAGGAAGGAGCUGCUGGAUUCUUUAAAGGAAUUGGAAAAGGGCUUGUGGGUGCCGUGGCUCGUCCCACUGGUGGAAUCAUAGAUAUGGCCAGUAGUACCUUCCAAGGCAUUCAGAGGGCAGCAGAAUCAACUGAAGAAGUGUCUAGCCUCCGUCCCCCUCGCCUGAUCCACGAAGAUGGCAUUAUUCGUCCGUAUGACAGACAGGAAUCUGAGGGCUAUGACAUUUUUGAGAAUCGUAUCAAAAAGUUGGAAGGAGAGACUUACCGAUACCACUGUGCUAUUCCUGGAAGCAAGAGGACAAUCCUCAUGGUUACUAAUAGGCGAGUGCUGUGUGUAAAGGAAGUUGAAAUCCUAGGCCAUAUGUCCAUAGACUGGCAGUAUCCAUUUGAAGAUUUUGUAUGUCCUCCUAGUGUUAAUGAAAAUGUGCUGAAAAUUUCGGUUAAGGAGCAGGGUCUGUUCCACAAGAAAGACAGUGCCAGUCAAGGCUGUCUUCGGAAAAUUUACCUAAAGGAUACCACCACAGCAGAGAGAGCGUAUCAUGCCAUUGAGGAUGCACAGUCAACGAGACACCAGCAAAAACUGAUGAAGCAAUCAUCUCUGAGACUUCUCAGGCCCCAAAUACCAUCUUAAUCACAGGUCUCAGGGGCAGAGAAACCAAUCAUCAGUCUUGUCCAUAAGUCACUCUGCUUUUAUAUUGCUUUUAUAUUGCUAACGAGACUUUUUCAAGAACUCAUUUAGUUUUAUUGUUCUCGAAUAGCUAGUAUUGGGUUUUCUACUUUUUUCCCGUUUAGGUUUGACUCUAAUUUUGUAACCAUGUGUAUGUUACUAAUCCACUUCUACGCUGCCACUUGAAUGAAUCAGACCACUGAAAGAACGUCCCUUCAAACUCAGAGUGAAAUUUUCAUUAAUAUUAAA